GUGUACCCUCAAUCCCCGGAAUAGAACGAUCCCUACUUACUUAUAUUACUAACGACAUUUCAGGGUUAAAUUAUGCGCUUGCUAUAAGCGCAUCAAGUAAAGGGACUUAAGAAUAGGGCUGGGUAAGCCUAGUUUUCACUGUAUGGCCUGCACAAUUGACUUCCGCUGCCUAGACGAAGGCUACGGUGGCAAAAUCUACAAGCGCAAGCGGAACCCCGAAGCCGCCGCCACCGAGGAAGAUGCCGCCAUGGAAAUCGACGCCUCCUACCCACCUCCGGCGAAGCGAUCCACGGUGUCCUCCUCGGACAAUUCAGACAAACCAGUCUUCGGCCGGCCGAGCCGCGUCGUCGUGAUCGCUGGGAAGAUCUCCGGGCUGAAGUCGAAGCAUCUGCGGAAGCAGAGGUUGUCGGCGGUUCAAGUGAGCCGGAAGGGGACGACGUUCGAGGAGAGGGAGAAGAACAAGUCGGUGAAGAAGGCGUACAAGGAGAGAAUGGCGGAGCUGAAGGGGGAGAUUAAGAGGAACAAGGAGGAGAAGAGGAGGAAGAGGGAGGAGAGGGAGAAGAAGAAGAAGGAGAAUAUUCUCAAGACUGGGACCAAUUAGCUGCAGAUUAUUUCCAAAAAAAGGGAUGGGUAAGUAAAUGACGCAAAUACCCAUCAAAUAUGUCACGUGGCACACGGGUUAACGCCGUCAUGGACGGCAGGUACAUAUGUUGGGUCGGGCGAGAUAUUUCGGGUACCAUUGUGAUAGUUUUGGAAACUUGGGUACAGAAAUUCGGAGUCGGCCAUAGGUUGGGUACUGUUUGUAUUUUUUUCCCAAAUAUUAUU